AUGAAGUUUGGCAGGAAAAUCACUAACGACCUCUACCACGAAUGGCGCCCAUUUUAUCUCGACUACACGCACCUGAAAAGGGAACUCAAGUCGCGUACUACAUCUCACAACUGGAACACAGAGGACGAGGAUGAUUUCACGCGCAUGCUGGAACAAGAGCUCGACAAAAUUCACGAUUUUCAAAAGCAGAAGACCGUCGAACUAGCCCGCCGGAUUAAGGAUGCCGAGAGACAAGUGAAACGUCUCGUCACCGACGAAUACCUCUCCGAAGCCUCCGAGAUGCCUUUGCACCAUCCCGGACAGCCGCAGUCCUCCGCCGACAGUGCGGAUCCAGAAGCACAGCAGCGUGAUCAACUGGAACAGGACGCAGGGUCGGACGACGAUACGGACGACGAGGGGGGUGAGACCGAUGACGACAUACAGAGUCUCGACGCGCUCGAAGAGCAGUUCCAUUUGCUCGAAGAGGAGGUCGCCACGCUCGUCGCUGACGUGCACGAUCUGGCGCUGUACACGAAACUCAACAUCACCGGGUUCAUGAAGAUACUCAAGAAACAAACACCAUACCCCCUCAAGCAGACCUUCAUCCAGGACUACCUAGAAAAGCGUCCGUUCUACAAGUAUAACUGGGACGCGCUGAUCGUCAAGCUAUCCAAGCUCUACGACCUCGUGCGGACACGCGGGCACCCCGUUCAAGGUGACUCCAGCGCCGGAGGCUCGCAAAGCGCGUUUGUGCGACAAACGACGAAAUACUGGGUCCACCCAGAUAACCUUGUCGCGCUGAAGCUCGUGAUUCUUAGGCAUCUGCCUGUCCUGGUAUUCAACGCAGAUAAGGAGUUCGAGCCCAAAGACGCAGCUAUCACCUCAAUCUACUUUGACAACGAGGACCUCGAGCUCUACCUAGGCCGUUUGGAGAAGACGGAAGGCGCAGAAGCGAUCCGUCUGCGCUGGUACGGCGAUGUCGACAUCAAACAGAUCUUCGUCGAACGUAAAACUCACCGCGAGGACUGGACGGGCGAGAAGUCGGUGAAAGCGCGGUUUCCGAUCAAGGAAGACAAGGUCAAUGCGUUCUUGCGCGGCGAAUACACCAUGGACGCGGAGUUCGAAGCGCUCGUCUUGAAGGGGAAGAAGAGCCAGCAAGAGGUCGACAGCAUGCUCCAGCUCGCGAACGAGGUCCAGUAUUCCAUCCUGACGAAGAGUUUGAGGCCGGUGAUGCGGACAUUCUACAAUCGUACAGCGUUCCAACUUCCCGGCGACGCGCGUGUGCGUAUAUCUCUCGAUACGGAGUUGACGAUGGUGAGAGAGGAUAAUUGGGACGGCGCAGAACGCGCAGGAGACAACUGGCGGAGAACGGACAUUGGAAUUGAUUGGCCGUUCGAGCAGCUUGUGCCGGAGGACAAGGACUUGUUCAAAUACGGUGUGCUGGAGGUGAAAUUGCAGACGCAGUUUGGGCAGGAGCCUCCACAAUGGGUGACUGAGCUGGUCAACUCACAUCUAGUCGAGGCAGUGCCUAAGUUCAGUAAAUUCAUUCAUGGUUGUGCGACGCUCAUCCCGAAUCGCGUCGAUUUGGUGCCGUUCUGGCUACCUCAAAUGGAUGUGGAUAUCCUCAAGCCCAACAGCGGCUUCUUGACCGUCGAGCGCCCGCAGCACACCUUGUCCAGGACCGCCUCCGAACGUCUAGGCACCGGGUCGUCGGGGCUCACCACGCCCGACACAGACAAGGCCGCCUACGUCGAGCCUGAAUCGGAAGGCGAAGAGGACGAGGCGAUCGAUCUCGCCCCGGCGCGUGACGAGGGCAAGCGGACAGGCCUGACGGGCGAGGCGGCGGCGGACGCGAUCGCGUACCGUGAGAAGAUGCUGAAGGAGCGCGAGGACGACGGCUCGAUCGCGUCGAGUUCGAAGCGCAAGGUCCGCUUUGGCGCCACCACGCACAACGGCAACGGACACAACGGCAACGGACACAACGGCAACGGACACAACGGCAACGGGCUUCACGCGCACGAGUGCGCGGCGGAUGGGGAGGGAGAGGCGGACGAGCGGACGCCAUUCCUGCCCAUCGGCCGCGAGCGUGGCGACGAUGUGCGGAAGCCGCGCACGCUCUCGAUCGACCCGCUCGCGCCGGCCUCGGCCUUCGACGAGACGUUCAAGGACCGGUUGAGGGCCCAGGACACGCGGCGCCGCCAGGCUGCCCGCGGAGGAGACGCGGACGAGGAUGCGGACGAGCCUGGCGCGGCACAGGGCGACGAUCGCAUUCUAGUGCGCGAUUUCUCGGCCCCUGCUGGGAAGAGGGUCGCGAUCCCCGUGAGAAUCGAGCCGAAGGUGUACUUCGCGACGGAGCGCACGUUCUUGAAAUGGCUGCACUUCGCCGUCUACAUCGGCACGAUCGCGACGACGCUGCUCAACUUCGUCCCGCCGGACGACUACCGCGGGCUGAUCAGCGCGGGGCUCUUCACGCUCGCGGCGCUGCUCGCGAUCGCGUACUCGGCCGUCAUCUUCGUGUACCGCGCUCACAAGCUGCGCAAGCGCCACGCGGACGGGAUGUACUACGACCGGUACGGCCCGACGGUGCUGUGCGCGGUGCUCCUCUGCGCGCUCGUCACGAACAUCGUGCUGCGCGUCACCGAGGUCGUGGAGGAGUAGCGCGGCCGGGCCUCCGAGUCGGGGACCUGUCGGACCUUUUUUUUUUUCUUUCCUGCACAGCAAAAUCCAUCUUUAUUUCCCCAAAUUUGAGCCUUUUUCUUUGUCUUUGGUUCGGCCGCUUGGUCUUCACGUUUCCUCUUCCGUUUUAGUGUAAUUAGAGCACAUAGUUUUGGUUCCCUCGACCCGUACGUACCACACAUUGCACUUCUCGAUCCUCUGAUCGCCACACACGGACGUUGGUAUCGUCUAUAUAUUUGCACACACUGUAUCCACCUCCUAUGCUGCCAUGCACUCCUAACCUCCUUCGCUGAUCAGGCCCGGUCAUUUGUUUCAAUUUUUUUUUUCAAUACUUAGACGGCUGCGACGAGCGUUAUGGGGAAUCGCACUGAAUUAAUAUGGGUCGUGUCUUCGGUC